AUGGCAACUAUUCAGGAUUCGCAACAACCUCAAGAAAGUGGUAAUAGCUUCCCCGUCUUAGAGAUAUGGGAUCCUUCAAAGAAAUACGCUUUUAUUAAGCCUUCAAAGAAGAUUAACGAUGGGCCUGACGUCGCCAAGUUUUUGACUUCAAAAGCAUAUCGAGACAUCGGUAUAUUCGUCAUGCAACUAAACCGCGCCAUGUGUCCUCGGAAAUCCGUAUGCGACGAUGGAAAGGAGAAGAUUAUGGCUUUUCACAUCGGCUCAGAAUAUGAGACCCAACCAGUGCAGUCUGUACUGAAGCUGCAAGAGUUACUUGCUAGGAUAGAGUCCUAUAUCGACGAAUCGCCACCUGAUCAAGGUCCUAGGCGCUUUGGGAAUAUUAGCUUCCGGAAGUGGUACAGCUUACUAGAAGAGAGAGUAGCAGGACUUCUCGAAGACUUCUUGCCAAAUUCUGUGUUGAAUUUUGGUUCCGGGGGCGAGUCUGAUGCAACCGCCAAAGACGAGCUGAUGGCCUACCUACUUGGUGGGUUUGGAAGUCCGCAGCGACUCGACUAUGGGACAGGCCAUGAAUUAAGCUUUCUGGCUUUUCUCGGAGGUUUGUGGAAACUUGGAACAUUCAAAGAUGGCAAGCCCGGCGGUGAUAUAGAGCGCAGUAUCGUGCUCGGUAUAUUUGAACCCUACCUUCGCGUGGUGCGGCGCUUAAUUCUAACAUAUACGCUUGAGCCUGCCGGAUCCCAUGGUGUUUGGGGUCUGGACGAUCACUCCUUUCAACCAUAUAUCUACGGGUCAGCGCAGUUAACUCGUGCGAUCACAGAUUCGGAGCCCAUGCCUAUUGAGGGCUCACUAUUUCGCGCACCAAAACCCGCACAAGUAGUCAAGGCCGAAUACGUUGAGCAAGAGAGGAAGAAGAACAUGUAUUUCUCGGCAAUAGGGUUUAUUAACGAUGUGAAGAAGGGUCCUUUUUGGGAGCAUAGUCCCAUAUUAUUUGAUAUAUCCGGCAUCAAGGACGGUUGGGGGAAAAUUAACAAGGGAAUGAUCAAGAUGUUCAACGCCGAAGUUCUUUCCAAGUUCCCAGUAGUGCAGCAUUUCCCUUUUGGCUCACUAUUUUCUUGGGAACAAGAUCCUAAUGCCGCGGCUCCACAGCAGAGUGUUCAUAUGGCAAAUCAACCCCCUUCUGCAACGUCCAUGCCGCCGCCGCCAAUUGCAGGAGUUGGCUCCGGUACGGCUGCACCGUGGGCACAAACAAACAUGCCUCAACCUUCUGGGCCUGGUGUUCCAUACUCCCGAGCACCGUGGGGCUCGGGACAUCCUGUCCCUAGACCACCUCAACCACGGACCAGCACCCCCGGUACCCAAUCACCUAUGACCCAAGCCCCUUGGACCAAAUCUAGCGACAGGCCAAGUGGGUAA